AUGUUUGAUUCAGAAGACGAUUGUCAAAUACAACAAGAAAAUGAGAUAAUGGCAAUCAAGGCAAUUUACGAACAAGAUUUCACAUAUACAGAAAACACGAAAGCCCCUCGAUUUAGAGGAGCUCUUUCGAUUAAAAUCUUCCUUUCUCAAGAAAGUUUGAUAUUUUUUACUGGAGGAAGAAAUGGCGGCGAUCCUCCGCUUAAAGUUCGGUAUCUCCCUCCAGUCAAAAUCAUAUUUUCAAUGCCAAGUGAUUAUCCAAGUCAAGAAGCGUUGGAAUUCGAACUUGAAUGUCUUUGGAUGCGUUGGGAUUGGUUAAGAAAAUUAGAAAGAAAAUUGUUACAAAUUUGGGAGGAAAAAAAGGAUGUGGUAUUAGAUCAUUUUGCAGAAUUCAUACAACAUGAAGCUUUGGAUUAUUUACAAAUAUCAUUCCCUUUGAGACUUAAUGACGAUUAUAUCGGUGGGUCCAUGCUAAAAACGAUUAUACAUACAUAUAAUCAACAAGCCAUGAAUCUGGAUUUUGCCAAUGAUCAUUUUAAUUGUGGCAUUUGUCUUGAGGAAAAACGUGGUGAACGAUGUUUUCAACUUCGUACAUGCCAACAUGUGUUUUGUCAGGAAUGUCUUCGUGAAUAUUUUGUAAUGCUUAUUCGUGAAGGGUUCAUUUUACAAAUAAAAUGUCCUGACCCUGGUUGUAAAUCGCAACAUAAAUUGGCUGGUGAUGAAGUGACAGAAAUAGUUGGGGCUGAAAUGGGAAAAAGAUAUUCAGAUCUAUUAGAAAAGCAGAAACUAGAGACCGAUCCUUUAGUGACCUUUUGCCCCCCUAGUACUCCUUGUCAUAUGGACAAUACUAAAAAGAUAGUCGAAGAAUAUAUGAAAGCAGACGAGUCCACUAAAGCGAUAAUGGAACUUCGUUAUGGCACCAAAAACUUAGAGAAGUUGGUUCGUGAUGCUAAUGCUGAAUUAGAAACGAGUAAAUGGGUGAAAUCUAAUACUCAACCAUGCCCGCAAUGUGAAACACCCAUUGAAAAAUCAAUGGGGUGUAAUCAUAUGCUAUGCACACGUUGCGAAACGCAUUUUUGUUACUUAUGUGGACUUUGGAUAGAUCCUAAAGAACCUUAUCAACAUUUUAAUGAUUCUAAAUCUCCAUGCAAUCAACGAUUGUUUGAUGGAGUGAAUGUAGACGAUUUUGAUAUACCAGAUGAUUUUGUUAUUAUUUGA